AUGGCCGACAAACUCCGAACCCAGCAGGAACUCGAACGCCUGCAGGCCAAGUACGUUGGCACUGGCCACCCCGACACGACGACCUGGGAGUGGAAGACGAAUAUCCAGCGCGACACAUACUCCUCCAUUGUUGGCCAUAGGCCUCUACUUGCAUACAUUGCGCUCGCGGAGAACGAGCCCAUCUCCAAAGUCCGGGCAAAUUUGAUUCGAAAAAUGAUUCAACCUUGCGGCCCUCCCCCGCCUCGCGAAGAAGAGUAG